AGCUUGCCUCCAGGAAACCCGACGUCAAUUGAACGGGCAACAGCUCUUCUUGCAACCUGCGAUUAGCAAGAAUGGCUUCCCUGCCGGCCGCUGUGCGGUCGACACAGAAGAUUACAAGGACCGCCCUCCAACGACGACCGAUAUCCGACGUCGCGAUCACCCGGACCGGCAAGCCCAUUUACCGAGUUCAGGGCGGCAGGUCGUCUCUUGGAGGCCAUACCGCGACAGUAUUUGGCGCAACUGGUGCCCUCGGCCGAUACAUCGUCAACAGGCUAGCACGCCAAGGAUGUCAGGUCGUCAUUCCGUACCGGGAGGAGAUGGCCAAGCGUCAUCUCAAGGUGACCGGUGAUUUGGGUCGGGUCGUUUUCAUGGAAUACGACCUGCGGAACAUAGACUCGAUCGAGGAGAGUGUCAGGCAUUCGGAUGUUGUGUACAACUUGGUUGGCAGAAACUACCCCACUAAGAACUUCUCUCUCGAGGACGUCCAUGUUGAGGGUUCUGCAAGGAUUGCGGAAGCCGCUGCGAAGUACGAUGUGGACCGAUUUAUUCACGUCUCCUCGUACAACGCUGACCCGGCGUCCACCUCGGAGUUCUUCGCCACCAAGGGUCGUGGCGAGCAGGUAGUUCGCAGCAUCUUCCCGGAAACCACUAUCGUCCGACCGGCGCCCAUGUUCGGCUUUGAGGACAACCUUCUCCUGAAAUUGGCAAGUGUCAUGAACCUGUUCACGGCAAACAACAUGCAGGAGCGAUACUGGCCCGUUCACGUCAUCGAGGUCGGCGAGGCUCUUGAAUUGAUGCUCUACGACGAUAGCACAGCGUCACAGACAUUCGAGCUCUACGGGCCCAAGAACUACUCGACUGCUGAGAUUGCGGAGAUGGUGGACCGAGAAAUCUACAAGAAGCGGAGACAUAUGAACGUCCCGAAGGCAAUCCUCAAGCCCGUGGCUGGACUCCUGAACCGUCUUAUCUGGUGGCCUAUGAUGUCUGCCGAUGAGGUCGAGAGGGAAUUCCACGACCAAAAGAUCGACGAGUUGGCGAAGACGUUCAAGGACCUGAAUAUUGAACCUGCCGACAUCAGCAAGUUCACCUACCACUACUUGCAAGGAUUCCGCAGCUCCGCCUUCUACGAUUUACCACCGGCGACGGAAAAGGAGAAGAGGGAGGAGAAGAAGUACCUGCACGUUUUGGAUGACCAGUGAAAAUUGGAGGUGGUGGCAAGGCUCACGUCGCAUUGCUUUAGACAUGCAGAAAGAGAGCCUUGGUAAAGUGUACAUACGCUAUGUAUUCAAAUUAUCUUACUAACAUCCAACCAACGGCGAGUCCGGGAUUCGUAGGUUUGUACGGAUGUACUAUGGUAGAGUGGUCUGGGAUAACUUACUCGUGGGACAAGCACGCCGAGAGCGACUAACAGGCUUGGCCCCCCACCGUGCACAUAAACAACGGCAUGGCAACCACA